UAUUUUUGCAGAAUUAACACACGUGGAUUGCAAUUUGGAUUAGCGGUCUCAGUUAUCACUUAGUAUUUUUGCGAUGAAAAAAGCAAAGAAGUUCGUUUCUUUGCUGGUAAAUAGGCUCUCUAAAGAAAACUUUGAUGAAAGUGAAUGGAACAAGGUAUUUCAACAAGCUGUCCAUGAUCUACCAGAUGGAGCCUUGAAGACAACCUUGGAAACCCACCUUGAAAAAUACUUGACUCUUUUUAAAAAGAAACUCUUUGACGUUCAUCCUGAUCAGUCAGUUGCUGGAGAGAAGUCUCAAGAAAAGUGGAUAUAUAUUGAGCCAAUUGAAAAUCUGUAUGCCUACAAUCUAUAUCUCCAAAAGGGGCAGGCCCUGAGUGAAGAAAGUAUCAGCACACUAGAUCCUCAUGAAAAGAGAAGUCUGUAUUUAAAUUAUCUGGCUAAGAAGUUUGAUGAUGAAGAUGAGACACAGUUAUUCAGACUUGUCUCUGAAGCAGGCAAGCCUAUUGCUUCUGCAGAAGGAGAGGACAGGUUCCCCUGGCUAGGAAACUUUAGAAAAUUAUGUCUUGUAACCCUGAACAGGAGUAGUUCUAAUCUCCAAACUCUACAAAAACUGAUGCACAUAUGCCUAACAAAAUUAGGAAUAUCAGUUGCAGAGUGUAUUGCAAACAGAAAACACCGAGGUGGAAAGUCCUUAAGAAGAGAAAUUUUGAACCUUUUGGUGUUCUUCCAUUUCAAAAAUAAAGAUUUAAAUCAGUGUUUCGAUAAGCCCUCCUAUGCAGACUUAAUGGCUAGCUUAUUGAGCUUGUAUGUAGACCUCAACUUGGUGUUAAACAGGAAAGUGGAGGAGGAUUUUGAACUUGGUGAACACAUGGCAUUUGUUGUGCAUUUCUUGUUACCAAAUUCACCUGUACACUACCUAGAUGUUAUUCUGCAGUUGGAGGCAGUGGAAGAAAUGGAUAAAGAUGUGAUAUUACCCCUGUUCAGGAAGAUCCUGUCAAGUCCUCCUGCUAAGGAGACAUGUGCAUGGUACUCAAAGUACAUGGUGGCUGUUCGCUUUGCCAUGAGAAGUCUAGGAGAAGUCAAUAUACAAGAAAUACUGCAGGUUGCCCAAAGUAUACCAGCACCUCCUGACUUCAUGGAUUGGCUGAGGCAGAACCACGCAGUUGCUGUUGACAGUUUGCCAGAAACUAAAAAGUUUAAAGGAAUCCACAUAAGUCGAUUUCUGCUGAAUCCAGCUGAAGCAGAUGAGGAACUGCUGGAAAAGUUAUUGGAUAUAAUGACAGAACAGCAUGUCACCGAGAAAGAAAAUAAUAGCAGUGUAGAUGGUGAGAAUUCAACUUUGCACAAGGAUGAUCAAGGUGCAACUGCAGACCAGGAGCUCACCUUCUUUGUGGAUACUACAGCUGACAAGAAAACUGCUGCAGAAAUGCAGAGGGAGUUUCAAUCUUCAAAUGAAGAGACUGAAGGAUUGGAUAAAGAUGAAAGUGAUUUGGAAGUGAUGGAGAGGCAAUUUCAAACUUUAAACGAAGAGACUGAAGGAUUGGAUAAAGAUGAGAGUGAUUUGGAAGUAAUGGAGGUAGAUAUUAACAGUGUGAUCCUAAACAUGGAUUCUGAGUCUGAAGAGGAUGUGGUGUUGUUAUCCCGAAACGGUAGUGAAUUUGGAGAAGAAGAUGUGGAGUCAUUAACCACAAAAGAAACUGUGAAAGAUUUUAUUGACACUGGCUUGGAAACUGUACCAGACUCUACCUCGGACAUUGAACAUACUGCUACUAGACAUGUUGCUUCACUCCCAGAUUUAUCACAGCAUUUGAAAAAGAUUGAACAUUUACAAGAAAGAGAAGAAUCGCCAGAAAUUGAGAUUCAAGCAGAGAUUAAAAGAAAUCCAGAAAAAGCAUUGGAGUUAUCUCCUAGUCCUAUAAAAAGACGGUUAAGACCACAUAGUGCCAUGAAAGGAACAAGAAAGUCUGAACGUCCCAAAAGAGAAAUGACUAAAGCAUUGGUCAGUAUGUCUGGUGUGGAAGGUGCUUCUGGCUUACAGGUGUAUGAUUUUACAUCAGAUGUGGAGUUGUCACCAGCAAAGCUGAGAAAAACUGAUACCAGUGCUAUAACCAGAUCAUUGCCAGAUAGUAAAAAUGAAGUAUCUAAACUUGACAGAGAGUCCAUUUCAAAAAGUGUAACUGCAGUUAGAACUCUAAGAUCAAGAACUAUAUCUGAAUGCUCAGCUGCCAGUUCCAAGGCUGAUAAUAUGGAUAUCACUAUAUUGGAUUAUAGAAAUGAUUUGCCAAAGCGGCAUUCCAAAAGAACGAGAACCCCAGUGAAGCCGAAAGAAAAAUCAAAUGAUGAGGUCUCAAAAAUGAAAGGUUCCAAAGACGUUAUUCCUGUAAUGGAACAAGUGGAUAAAUCCGAUACUGGACAGCCAAGGGAGAAAACAUCGGAGGGCCACAGAAGGAAAUCCGGCAUUCCACCCGCUUCUCGUAGAAACAGUGCCAAAUAUGUCCUGCGAUCCUCCCAGGUUGAUGGCACUGAGUAAAGGAAAUUGUGUUGAGAUUUCUUCUGGCAUGGGUGAAAGUUUUCAGAAUAAUGCCCGAUUUCAGGGUUUUCAAUCUUCACUUUGAUACAUGUUUUUCAUAUGGUCUUUAUGCAGUGAAAAAUUGCAAGCUACGUUUUCAGGAUUUUCAGUUUACAACUUUCACCCAUGUAAUUGCACCAUGUCAACGCACUACAUCCAAACGUACGAGAACAGUGCAUGGCAUUCAACAUAGAAUACCCCCCUCUUAAUUUUUUUUCUUUUUCUUAGAACACGUUGUUGUAAUUUAUAUUUAAAACAUUACUUGUUCGAAAGCUAAUACAUUUAUAUCAUUGUAAAUAUAUUUGCUUUAUGUUCAUUAAGUGUGGUGCAGCAGUCACAUAUAUACCUGGUGAUAUAUGUGGUGUAGCAGUCACAUAUAUCACCAGGUGUUUCUUGCCUUCAAAUUAUUUUACAGAGAAGAAUUUAUAACCUGAGUUAGACUCACGGUAGUGUAAUAGAUUGUUAACAUAUUGCCAGCUACUUCAUCUUUCCAACCAUAUGAACAUCAUGCCAAAUAGGCGAAGAUGAGUCUUCAGCAAACGCAUGGAUAUGAGGUGCCGUAACCAUGUUUUUAAAACAAAUUUUGACCAGUAGCAUACAAGAUGAGAGAGAGAUUAUAGCCAAUAAAUUUAUUUAUCAUUAAUUCUGACGACCGUACGUAUUUGCCAUUAAAUGAAUUCUGGUUUACGCAUACGAGGGCAGUCGUUCAAGGAAUAGUACUUCGAACUACCAAAGUCUUGAGAA